CUUCUUACACACCGAGGCAUUUCUACCUACAGCUAGCCAAGCAAUGGCUUCUAAUAGACUCAAUGACCCCGAACAAACUAUUCGAAUAACUCUUCAUGGUGCUACCGGGUUAGCCAAACGCGAUCUCCUUGGUUUACCUGAUCCAUUUGCUGUCUUGACUGUCGAUGGAGAGCAGACCACCUCCACUACGGUCUCUCGAAGGUCACUGAAUCCAACAUGGAAUAACCAUUUUGAUGUUACUGUUCGACAAUCGUCCAUGCUAGCUAUCCAAGUCUUUGACCAUAAGAAAUUCAAGAAACGUGAUCAAGGAUUUUUGGGCGUUAUCAACAUUCCUGCCGCAGAAGCUAUUUCUUUAGCCGCAAAUAAUCAUGAAAUGAUCACGAGAGAUCUUACCAUGUCUAGCAACAACCUCCCUGUGUAUGGAAAGCUGUUGUUCGGAUUCACUUUAACAUCUCGACCUCCUCCACCUACUCCCCGUCUUGCCGACACAAGUUCCUUCCCAAUGCCCGCUGCCGAUACCGCUCAUCUUUCUCCCAACCAUCCUUCGGGCAGUGCUACCCUUGAUCGAAUACGUUCCUCUAGUGUUAUUGCUCGUACAUAUGACAACGAAUUUCCGCGAACGCAGCAUCUAGCAUCUUCGCAAUCUCUCAGACCAAGUUCUAGUAACGCAAAUCUCUCCUCGUCUAUGUCACAGCGGUUUCCACAGCCUGAAGUUGCCGGACGACCUGUGUCAACGGCAGGAGUAACCAAUCCAACGCCAGCAAGAGUCGUGGAAGACAGUGAAGGGAAUCCCCUACCAGAUGGAUGGGAGCGUCGAGUUGACCCUCAGGGAAGGACGUACUACGUUGAUCACAACACACGCUCUACGACGUGGUAUAGACCAACUUCUAGCCAACAAAACAGGACGUCGCAAGUGCCGCAACAAGCUCCUACUAGAAACCCAAGCGCCACUUCUUCGGCUCCUUCUACAACCCAAUCAACCUCCCCGCCGUCUGAAUACAAUGAUGUUCAUCUACCUCUUGGAUGGGAAGAACGCCGGACCCCAGAAGGUCGCCCUUACUUUGUUGAUCAUACCACCCGCACAACGACUUGGGUAGAUCCACGUCGGACUCUAAAUCAAUCAACGGUGGCACCGGCGACCAAUGUUAACUCCAAUUUAGGUCCACUACCGUCUGGAUGGGAGAUGCGUCUAACCUCGACUGGACGAGUAUACUUUGUCGAUCAUAACACUCGAACUACGAGCUGGGAUGAUCCCCGAUUACCAACUAACGUCGAAGAUAACGCUCCACAAUACAAGCGUGAUUACAGACGGAAGGUGGUCUACUUUAGGAGUCAGCCAAAGAUGCGGGUGUUGGCAGGAAAAUGUGACAUCAAAGUGCGACGUACGCGUGUGCUCGAGGAUAGCUUUACGGCCAUCAUGGGACAUACCGGAGAGAACUUGAAACGCAGACUGAUGAUCAGCUUCGACGGAGAAGAUGGAUUGGAUUACGGUGGUGUUUCCAGAGAAUGGUUCUUCCUCCUCUCUCAUGAAAUAUUCAAUCCCAGCUAUGGUUUAUUCGAAUAUUCCGCCCACGACAACUACACCCUUCAAAUUAAUCCUGCUUCUGGAAUAAAUCCAGAUCACUUGAGCUACUUUAAGUUCAUUGGCCGUUGUCUGGGACUAGCAAUAUUUCACAGGCGUUUUCUGGACGCGUAUUUCGUUGCAAGCUUCUACAAGAUGAUGCUGGGGAAGCACAUGACACUCACAGACUUGGAAGGCAUUGAUGCCGAUUUACAUCGGUCGUUAGUAUGGAUGUUGGAAAACGACAUCACGGAUGUCCUUUAUGAAACAUUUACAAGAACAGAAGAUAGGUUCGGCGAGAUCGUAACGAUUGAUCUCAAGCCAAAUGGUGCCGAUAUACCAGUAACGGAGGAGAACAAGAAGGAAUACGUUGAUGCUGUGGUCGAAUAUCGGAUAUCAAAGCGUGUCAAGGAUCAGUUCAAUGCUUUCAUGGAGGGCUUGUUGGAAUUGAUUCCUUUGGAUCUCAUCUCUGUGUUCGAUGAACGAGAGAUGGAGUUACUAAUUGGAGGCAUAUCCGAGAUUGAUAUGGAUGACUGGACCAAAUUUACUGACUACAGAGGAUAUGAAAAGACCGACCAAGUCAUUGAAUGGUUCUGGCAAUGCAUUCGAUCUUGGCCAACUGAACGCAAGUCUCGAUUGUUGCAAUUCACCACAGGCACAUCUCGUGUACCAGUCAACGGUUUCAAGGAUCUUCAGGGAUCCGAUGGUCCUCGUCGAUUUACUAUCGAAAAAUCGGGUGAUCCUCAAGGAUUGCCUCGUAGCCACACUUGCUUCAACCGUCUGGAUUUACCGCCAUAUCAAGACUACCAGAGUUUAGAGACCAAAUUGAUCUUUGCUAUCGAAGAGACAGAAGGAUUUGGUCAAGAAUAAAGUAUUCUGUUAUUGUAUCUGUGCCAUCGACAUUGUUUUCUACUUUCAUGUUUUGCCUCACAUAUGUAUGUUUGCUCUCCCGUGUUUUUCAUUCGACUGUCAGUGUCUUUGUACAUCACGGGUUUGAAUAUAAUCGGUGUAUCUGCGAUUGUGAAAGAGCAUCCAUAUUCUGACACUGAUAUGCACAAAUGCGCUGUGUAUAACGCGUAUAACGCGGACCCUGGUUGUUUUUCAAUUAUGGUCACCUUUCCG